UCUACGUAUCUUUGAUGUCGAUGCUGCUCCGUGUGAACUCGAAAAGAUAAACGAGACCGGGGCUACGUCUCGCGAGACUUCCCCAUCGGUGGCUCGCGCUCCAGUAUGGCAGGACUCGCGUUGAGGUCUUGUCGCAGAGGGCUUUCACGCUUUUUAAGCCAUGGAGGCCUCGCCGCUUCCUCGGCCACACACUCGAAAGGAGACCGGAGACACAAGUCUACAGUCCAGUACGCCACCAGGCCGGAUCUUCCCACGCUGGCCUACAGGAGGGUGAAGGGGAAGAGUCCAGGCGUGGUCUUCCUACCGGGCUACGGGUCCAACAUGAAUGGACAGAAAGCAGAGGCGUUGGAAGAGUUCUGCCGGUCACUCGGGCACUCGUACCUCAGGUUUGACUACACAGGACACGGGGCCUCAGAAGGGAUCCUCGCAGAAGGGACAAUUGGAACGUGGAAAAAAGAUGUCCUUUAUAUGCUGGAUGAAGUAGCAGAGGGCCCACAGAUACUCGUGGGUUCAAGUAUUGGAGGCUGGUUCAUGCUGCUGGCGGCCAUCGCGCGUCCGGAGAAGACUGCCGCCCUGGUGGGCAUCUCCACUGCCGCCGACCACAUUGUCACCUCGUUCAACUCUCUUCCGCUGGAGAUGAAGAUGCAGUUCCAGGAGAAGGGCGAGUGGACAGUACCGACCAAGCACUCUGAGGAGGGCCUGUACAAGUUUAGCAUGGACUUCUUGCGCGAAGCAGAGAACCACUGCGUGCUGCACAGCCCCCUCCCGGUCACGUGCCCCGUGCGCCUCAUCCACGGCCUGAAGGACGAGGACGUGCCGUGGCACAUCUCCAUGCAGGUGGCCGAGCGCGUGCUCAGCUCCGACGUGGACGUCAUCCUGCGGCGCCACGGCCAGCACCGCAUGUCGGAGAAGGACGACAUCAAGCUCAUGGUCUACACUAUCGACGACCUCAUAGACAAGUUGACCACCAUGGUGUGAUUAAAAGGUACCCGGGCAGUGGCGUGGGCCAAGGGGCUUAGCGUUGAAGGACUGUUUACUACCAAACAAGGCACGUUGCUUCUGCCAAAAAUGACCUUUGGACUUCUAUAUCUGUAUUUCCUCUACAUAUUAAGUUGUGUUUCAGUAUUAGGUGGGUCACUCACUUCUACUACUGCUUUUCCUCCUCUUCCUUUCCUUUUUAAAUACACAAGUCUAUAGAGUUCCUGUGCCUUUUUAAAAAAAAAAAAAAAAAAAAAAAAAAAAAAAGAAAAUCAUAUUUCACCCUUGUGGGCCCAAUAAAACUCUGCACACUGUCA